CGCCCCCUGCUUCGCCGCUUUCGUCUCCCUCGGGGAAGAGGGGAAGGGGAGGGGGCAGAGAAAGAAAGUCGGGCUCACGCUGGGUCGGAUAGGACUCUUUGUGCGGGGGGAAAGAAGUGAAGCGCGCGCUCGCCCGCGCGGUCCCGAGGGAAGAAGAAGAAGAAAAGAGCCGAAUUCUAAAGCGAUCGCGCGGGUGGGCGAGCGGGCGGGCGCGCGAAACCGAGAGUCGGACGAGUAGAAGAGUUGGGAGUGGAGGAGGCGGCGUGAAAGAAAAACGCAACCGAUGAAAAACAACGGCCGGCCCGGGGGCAGUUGCUGUCGAGAGGGGAGGCGCGAGUCGGACGAUCCGUUGCGCGGCUUUGCUGGUUGGGAGAGCCAGGACGGGAAGCUGCAAUUAACUGGGGAAAGGGGAAGAGCCGCCGCCGCCGCCGCCGCUUAGGAUCCGCUCUUUAUCUCAGAUAUUUUUCAGGAUAAGAAUGGAUCAGCUAUGGUGCUAGCAUCUCAUUUUUCUAGAUACAUUCCUGAAGUGCUUGUUGUUUUUGUGUGUGCCUCUCCUCCUCCUUCCCACCACAUAUUUCAUUGCUCUUAUGGAAGAAUAAAAUGGUGAGAGGCGUCUUCCAGUCUCAUUCUCUCUCCAGGCUGUAAGAGGGCUGUAUCACAUUGUGGGAGCAGCACUGGCAGCUGCUGUUGGUUUUCACCUCUUCAGACUCUCAUUUGUAAAGAAUUAAAGGCUUUCUCCAUUUGACAAUGAUGAAGACUGAAGGCAAAGGAGACAGGACUUUAAGAAGUGCUUCUCCACACAGAAAUGCCUAUAAAACUGAUUUUCAUGCAAUUAAGUGCAGCUUUGAUUCAGUGACUACUGAUAAUGCUUCCAACAAGUCUAAUCCUCAGCAAAAGUUAACCAACUCAUCCAAUGGAGAAGGUAAUGAUCCACAUGUUCGUGGCAGAGCUGUUUCAUAUGGCAACAGAGUGCACAAGAUCAAAAACAUGUUCAUGCAGAUGGGUGGCUCUUCCAAUUCACCAUGUUGUGAAAACAGUCCACCCUCUGAGCCCCGAAUUAUUAAUAAAAUAACUUCAGCUGAUCUUGCACUUCCUCCUCCUAGUAGCCCAUCUUACCUCUGUGUUCAAAAAAAUAACCUACUCAAUAGUGGUUCCUUUGGUAGUUCCCCGGAUCCUUUACCUGCAUGCUCAUUCACUGAUAAAAUUAUCUGCAGCAAAGAAGAGGGAAAUUUAGACAAAGCUACACUAGCAGAGAAGUUUUCUGAGACCAGGAAACUGUUUGAAAGGAACAUUAAAAAACCAAGUUCACUGGAUAGAAGUCCUCCCAUUAAAGGUGAAAGAAUUGAAGACAGGAGACGACAUGGUUCUACUUCUUCUGAUGGCAGCAGUGUGACAGAUCACUUUAAUUUCAAUAUUGAUGUAACUUCUCAGGUUGCUGUAGAUAAAACAGAGAAUCAAGGAAAUAGUGAUCAAAAGGGGCAGCAAUCUACUGGCAGUUGUAAAUCCUCUUCACUGAAUGCAGGACCUAUUUCUCGAAGACUGGAGAGUUUCUUGGCUGACAUUGACAAUGAUGACUUCAAAGAUACUUUGAAAAUGAAGGAUAUCCCAAACCCUGUUCAAACAGUGUUCUGCGGCUGGGAAUCACCAGGAGUUAGGAAAGAAGUGUAUUUGCAACAAAACCAGCCCAUUGUAGAAUCUUCCCUUUUGAUAAGCAGCACUUCUACUGAAAGGAGUGAGUUAAGUGAUACAACUGAAGUAACUUCUCAAACAGAUCAAACUGCCGAAAGGGAACAACAAUAUAAACCCAGCAUAUCCUCUAAAGUGGAUAGAGCCCCUAUAAAAAUUUCCCAAGUAGAGGUAGCUAGAGCUGAACUGAUUAUGGUGCAGAACAAAACUUUAGGGGAUAACAACGAAAUCACUGGGGAAGUCAAUGUAUUUCAGAAGGAAAAGCCACUCAGAUUUCCAAGUUGGAAAGAGGAGAAAAAUGACUGUACAUUUGAGGAAAUGGAAGAAUCUAAUAAAGAUGGUGCAGUUAAUCAAAAAGGAGCAAGAGAGUUAGCGUUUCUGGACAAAAUUCAGGAACAAGAGCAGGUUCAUGUAAAACCUGUAGGAGAUGGUGAAGAGGAAGAACAAGAACAGAGAAAGAAGUUGAGUGGGUUUUCUUCCAGUGCUCUUGGGAUAGAGAAUGCCGCUUUCGAUGAUGACAGAGAAACAGAACUAAUUAGCCAGGGCCCUGAAACAGAAGAAACCUUGCAAGAGGAGGAAUAUAACUAUAAUAGUGAUUACGAGGAACUUUCUGGACUUUCUGAGGAAGAUGAUCCUGAUCCAGCUAGAAGAGUGAAGUUUUCUACAGCCCCAAUCAAGGUAUUCAGUACUUACUCAAAUGAAGACUAUGAUAGACGCAAUGAGGAGGUGGAUCCUGUGGCCGCAUCAGCAGAAUAUGAACUUGAGAAAAGGGUGGAAAAAAUGGAGGUGUUUCCUGUGGAAAUUGAAAAAGGUGACAAUGGCUUGGGUAUCAGUAUAAUAGGAAUGGGUGUUGGUGCAGAUCAGGGACUGGAAAAAUUGGGUAUCUUUGUAAAAACAGUAACUGAAGGUGGCGCUGCUCAGGAAGAUGGCCGAAUCCAAGUGAAUGAUCAGAUUGUUGAAGUUGAUGGGAUAAGCCUGGUGGGGGUAACCCAGUUUUUUGCAGCAACUGUAUUAAAAAAUACAAAAGGCUCAGUCAGAUUUCUGAUUGGAAGAGAAAAACCAGGAACUCAGAGUGAAGUAGCUCGCCUUAUCAGCGAGACAUUAGAACAAGAGAGAUACUUAUAUGAACAGCAAUAUGCCCAUGAAACAGAACAGGAUGAAGAUUAUGAUGAAGAUGAUGUUUCUUUUGAAUCACAUUUACAAGAAAAAUCAGUAGAAGUAUUUUAUCUUCCUGAAAAUGAAGAUAUUACUUUCCCAAUAGACAUGGAUUCAGCACAGUUCAUGCUGAAGUUUAAAGAGUUACAAUUAAAGCAUGCAGUUACAGUGGCUGAAGUUAAUCAACUUAAGGAAAAGCUAAAAGCAACAGAAGCUGAAAAGAUUGAAUGGGAGUUAAAGAAAUCGCAGCUCCAGGAAACUAUAGAUGAUAACAAAGAAAAAAUAAAAAAGCUAGAGACCUACUGGUUAGAAGCCCAGAGUUUAUGCAAAACUGUAAAUGAGCAUCUUAAAGAAACUCAAGAACAAUAUGAUGUGCUGGAAAAAAAGUAUAACAAAGCGAAGAAGUUACUCAAAGAAUAUCAGCAGAAAGAAGAACUCGCGAUAAAAGAAGAUCAUACAAAAAUUAUUGAAGAGAACAAUCAGGAACAUGCAAAUCAAUUAAAAUUUUUGCAGGAGAAGAUCACAGAGCUUGAAGACAAGUUAAAAAUAUAUGAGAAACUCCCUUAUUUGUUUGGAAAUAGUAUGUUAUUAGACUCUGUCACACCAAAUACUGAACAACUGGCAGAACAUUUUGAAAUUAAGGAUGAUAUGCAGGAAUUAGAAUCUUCGGUGGAGAAAUUAGAUUUUUCUGAUUUUGAUACCUUUGUUGGAGACAUACCAAGGUUAGAUACAAGUGCCCAUAAAGCUAAAGCCCAGCUUGCCUUGAAAGUAAAACGUCAGCCACCUUCUCGGUCAAAGCUAAAGGAAUCUCUUGGUGCCAAACAAAAAGAUAGAAUCUCACAGGACAUUAAUGAUGAUACGGAAGAAAAUACCUUGAGUAAGUUUCCAGAUGUGACAGAAAAGGUCAUUUCAUCACAGCAAAGAGAUACAGAUAAAGAUGAUAAAUUGGAGUGUGCUGAAAACAGUGAUCUUUCAUUAGAACCAAGUCCACCACUUUCUGUGCACUCUUCUCCGGUGUAUAAACUACAGACAGAAGAGACUGCUGGAAUAUCUCAGCCAGUACCUAAUGAUGAUUCUACUCCAAAUUCUCCUGCUGGAUAUUGCCGAAAUGUUAAGCAAAGAGAAUCAAAAGGAAAGGGGAAAGUGAACAAAGAUGACAAAAGAGGUGAAGAAAAGGCUGAAUCCGGGGAUGGUCCUUCUGUGGGGAAAUCCAAAAGACGUUUUCCUGAUUUUGGGGGCCUAAGAAAAUCAGGAGGUAAAGGCAAAAAGCAAGAAAAAGAAAAUGCAAGGGGUUCUCUGGACAGCAGAGGUUCCCGCGAAUUAUUGGACGACCCUGACAACAAUUUAUCUGCCUCAGAUUCCGAUUCGCCUAUUCCUACUUGUAUGCCUUUCUCUUGGUUUGGAGAUAGCCAUAAAGAACAUAGCUCUAGUAGCACCCUGAGUUUUUCUCAGGGUGGGCAGGAUAUUGCCAUUGAACAAAGUCAAGAGAAGACCAGAAGCAAGGCCAUAGAUGAUGAACCUUCAGCUACUGGAAAACAAAACCAGUGGCACAACAGGCCCAUUUCUGAAUGGACUACACAACAGGUCUGCCACUGGUUAAUGGGAAUGAACAUGGAGCAGUAUAUCUCGGAAUUCACCACCAAGAAUGUUGAUGGGCAACAAUUAAUGUUGCUUGACAGUGAAAAGUUGAAGGCUUUAGGAGUAUCCAGUCAAAAUGACCGAUCAACAAUAAAGAAGAAAAUUAAAGAUAUUAAAAAAACACAAGAAAAACUGGAGAAACAGAAAGAAAAGUUUCAGAAGAAGGAGAAGGAAGUGCGGAAAACUGGCAAAUUGGUGGCUGCCGUGGAAUCAAACUGCUAACAUGAUUUGAUAACAUACUACUUUCUUCUGAAAUAGCUGGAGCUAAACUAGAGCUGUACCAAUAUGCUUCAGUCCUUAUUGGAUAAGAAUCCAACUUGAGAAAAUGCAACAACUGUAUAUUUCUGUAUAAUUAUGGAGGGAAGAAAAUGGUAGUUUUACAGUGUCAGGCUUAGUUUAGCUCUGAUUUCUAUAGUCCUUUCCCAUUUAUACAGUUGCAUUAAAAUAUUUCAAUUUUUAUAUUUAGAUUAUUAACUUGUACUAAUGGAUAUUAAAUUAACUAUUUUUCAAAAAAUAUGUAUAUAUGUGUCUGGCUAAUUCCCUGAAGUGUCUUUGGUAAUGGCACAUGCAAUUUAUUAAAACACAAGGUGUCAUACAAAUCACAGUAUAACAGGGGUAUGUGGUGAACAGAUCAAGUCAUUAUGUUCUGUUGGAGAUAGUUUGUUGCUCAUAGUAUUGUAUAGAAAGAAAUUAAGUUUUUAAAAGUGAUAGAAAAUUAAUUUAAUCUAAUGUAAUGAAGUGUUUACAAUCUGUAUUUUUCAGAGUUCACUUUAAUUUCAAAGCAUUGUAAUAAUAUAAUUCGUUAAUAUUUUCUAAAAUACAUUUUUUCUAUGUUUUGAAUAUGUUAAGCAUGGCUUCAAAAGUUAUCUUUUAUAUACUUUUGUAUACAAUGGUUUUUAUAGUUCAUGUGAUUAAUAAGGUCAGAAUGCAUAACCUUUUCCUACUUAAAUAUUUGAGGACCAAAUUAUAUUUUUGAUGGUUUCUACAUGCUGUUGGUCUUCCAGAUUUACAGUUUCAAAAUAGAAUUAUUCUUAUCUCUCCAUUUAAAUUAAACACGAGGUUUCUGCAUUAUACCUAUUAUACACUGUAGACUUCAACGUGUCUUUGUUUUCAUGAAUAAUUAUUUGUUCUCCAGAAUGGUGAAAAUCACAAUUGAUUUGCCAUUGAGCAGCAGCACAAUCUUUUGUAAAAUAACUAUCUUAGAAUGACACUUUUGAAAAAUGGAAUAAAUUUUGUUCAAAAAAGAGAAA